AUGACUGCCAACGAGCAAGUUAAGCUAAGCAACUUCGGCGACAUCUUCUCCCUCGAGGGCAAGGUCGCUGUCGUGACAGGUGGAUCCCGCGGUCUUGGCUUGCACGCAGCUUCUGGUCUCCUCCAAGCCGGCUGUUCCAAGGUGUACAUCACAUCCCGCAAGAAGUCAGCCUGCGACGAAGCAGUCGCUGCCCUCAAUGCGCUCCCCAACAAACGGCCGGGCGCACAGGCCAUCUCCGUCCCAGCCGACAGCUCGGACAUGAAAGAGCUGGACAGGCUGGUUGCCGAGGUGUCUAAGACGACUGAUCGCGUUGACAUUCUCUUUGCGAAUGCGGGCGCAACAUGGGGUGAGAAAUUCGAUACUCAUCCCGAGAAGAUGUUCUCCAAGGUUAUGGAUCUGAAUGUCAAGAGCGUGUUCUACACGAUUCAGAAAUUCACUCCUCUUCUGACGGCCAAGGCUACUAUCACCGAACCGUCUCGCGUGAUCAUCACCGCUUCCGUUGCUGGUAUUGGUAUUGGUGCCAUUGGCGACAAUGCGACGCCCUCUUACUCUGCUUCUAAAGCUGCUGCUAUUCACAUAGCCAAGAACUUGGCUGUUGAACUUGGCCCGCGCCAUGUUUUGACUAAUGCUAUUGCUCCGGGAUUCUAUCCAUCUAAGAUGGCUAGUGGGCUGAUCGAGGCGCAAGGCGGCAUGAAGGAGAUGGAGGCGUACUCACCCAAUGGACGGCUUGGUAAGCCUGAAGAUAUUGCUGGACUGGUGGUAUUCCUGGGAUCUCGAGCGUCGAGCCAUUUGAAUGGUGCUGUUAUUACCACGGAUGGUGGAUCUGUGCUGAAGGGUAGAUUGUGA